AUGGUUACGUCUGUGCUAGACGUCUACAUAACAUGCGGCUCGUCAAUCGUUACCGGCGGACUAGGUCUCAUCGAAGACAAAGUAUCCCUCGGAGUCGCCAUUCUAACCUGCUCAAUUAUGGUCUGUGGAUUCGGGUUGGGCAAAUCCUCUGGUCCCCCUCGUCUGAGUUCAUCGGUCGUCGACUACUAUAUCAAUCAUCUUUCUAGGCCUGUAUGUAAUCUUCAACAUUCUGAGGGCCUUGACGCCCAGCGUUGGCGGCCUCCUCGUCUGUCACUUCCUCUGCGGUGUAUUUUCGAGUUCCGGUCUCUCCUCGCUGGAAGUACCCUCGCGGAUAUCUGGUCCAUCGCGGAACGCGGCAUGGCAAUCGCCUACUUCGCAGCAGCGCCAUGCUGCGGGCCCGCCAUCAGACCCAUCGUCACUGGCUGGAUAAACGUUGGCACAGGUCAUCUCAAUGUAUUCUUCUGGGUGAAGCUCGCUUUCGCAGGUUUUAUGCUUAUUCUUGUCGGGCUUAUCCCUGAGACUUAUGCACCAGUCAUUCUGACACGUCGCGCUGCGGCACAGCGCAAGUCCACAGGCAACCAAAACAUCAUCACCGAGCAGGAGAAAAUAAGCCUACAUUCCAGGACAUCCUACCUACGAAUCUCAUCCGUCCUAUCAGCAUGA